UUACAUGAGCUUUAGCAACGCAGUGGCAAUUACCGAAUUUUAAAAUGGCUUUGAUUAAUAUAAAAUGAUUUUUUUAAACCAAAAGAAUGUCUUGAUAAAUUUGUCACUCGAAAAAGUAUAGUUAGGGUUUCCUGUCCCGGAAUUAAUCCAUUUGCCGGGAAUAAAAUGGAGCAUCAACUACUGCCCAGUACCUCUAAGGACUUACAGUCUUGCAGACGACACAUUCGGAUCUCGGUUGCUCCCCUUCUGGCCUUGGGCCUGCUGCCCGUUCCUUUGUGUAUGGCUUACAACCUGGUGAUGGCCUUAGCUACGGACUUUCAGACUACGACCUCGACAUCCUGUCGAGCCUUCAACAUAUUUCCCAGCGCCACGGCAGCAGCUAGGUCGCAGUCCAAGGCCUGGAUGCUGGCUUGUUGGAUGCAGUUUCCCUUCUGCAUAGCGAAUGCCUGGCUGCACUCCCGGUUCUAUCGACGUACCCUGCCGCGACCGGUACGCAGUUUUGGCUUCCUGGUGGCCUUCGUCAUGGCGGUGAACAGUUGCAACAUGCUGGUGUGGGGCACCUAUGCCGAAUCCUAUGGCGACUCCAUGCUGACCAUCGCCAAUGCUGUGUGUCUGUUUUUCCUGAAUGCCAUCGUCAUGGCCGGCACCUAUGUGUGCUCCAACUAUUACCUGCUGCUGGAAAAGACUUGGGAACUUCAUGAGCAGGAAUUCGUCCUGCGGCUGAAGAGCGGUCUGGUGCUCCUCUAUUUCCUCGCUGUUGCAAUUAUGUGGAUCUUCUACUUUAUCCACCAGAAGUUUUGUAUGCCUUUAGCCUACUCUGUUUUUGGCCUUGGCGAGUUCAUUUCCAGCGAAGCCUUUUGCUUUUACCUGUGCCUGGCCUACUUCGACUUCUAUCACGUUCACAUCUGCUACGAUCGGCGUCUGGGCUUUCACCUAAGCGUGAUCUGAACCGGAUUUCUUUUAUCACAUUUGUAUUGGAAAAACUGUCUUAAAAAAUACAAAACCAACAAAAUACUUAUGGUA